AUGAGCGGGUUCAUCAAGCCGUCGGAUUUCCAGCUGCCGAGCGACGGGUCGUCAAGAUGGAGUCAGCAGGCAAAGGCCUUUCUGGUCGUGUGCUCGCAUCGCAUGUGGCGGGGCGGGCCGCGGUCCAUCCUGCAGAUCACCGCCGUUGCCUUUGCGCUGCUCAUGCUCUUCUUCUUCGUGCCGCUGCAGUUCAACGACAACUACCAGCAGAUUCUCAAUUGGUCUGCGCCCGAGUCGGCUGCCUCUAGCGACCUGCGCAUCGUGGUUUUCGGCUCGCAGGAUUUGCUGGGCAGCGCGCCCGAUGCCGAGCAUACACAGACAUCGUGGCCGGAGCAUCUCUGCAAACAGCUCAACUGUCGUUCCGUGCUAUCCUUUGUCCCUCCGAUCGAUCUGCAGCCCGGCCUGGCUUCCAACAGCCUCUAUGGCACCGAGAUUCGAGCAUUAGAGAUGGUUACCGAGCAGGUCAACCUUACGGAAAAGCCCGCGCUUGACAAUUUAUACAUCUCGGAACAAUAUCCCGUGCCCAAGAAGACGCCCGAUCUAGUGGCGCAGGUCCAAAGAUUUCUCACAAUGGCCCCUCCCAAGCUCCCGCCGCGUGAGACACUGUGGGUUUUCUCGUUUGGUACAUGGGAGACAUGGAACCUGGCUUCGCUUCCACGGGCCUCGGGCGAAAGACUCAUCGAUGAAUCGGUUGCCAACAUCUUUUCUCAGAUCGAGCUGCUGUAUCGCAAAUCGCUAAACCCAAAGUCUCCUGCCUUUUCUGAUUUCUGGUCCAAUGUUACCAAGGCCGAGGUCCAGGCUCUCACUCACCCAGAGCCCGACAAAAAGCCCGACGAGCGCAGGAUGGAGAGCUUCCGAAUCAUCAUUCCGCAACUCUUCGACAUCACUCUGGCCCCAGGCUGGCAGAAUCGUCCCAUCCCUUCUCAACCGCAAUCGAGAGGUGUCCAGAUGCGCAACGCUGCAUAUCUCACCCAGAGGUGGAACUCUCAAGUCGCCAAGCAGAUUGAGCAGUGGAGAAAGAAGGCCGACUCCAAGCCCGAGGGCAUCGAAGAUGAAGGCAUUGAAACAGCCAUGGCAGUCCCGACAAUGACAUCUCUGCUGCGCUAUCUCCCAGGAGCACUUCAGCCUAAAGACGCGGAUAAUAAAGAGGGAACUGCCGAUGAGGACAUCAUUUAUGCGCCAUAUCCACGACGACUGGGACUGCAAUCCACUUUGGUCGCGAACGUCCUGGAUGCCAUGACGGAAGAAGAAAUGCAGCGAUCAGGCCUCAAAGAUAGCAGAGGCCGAGGCUCCAUGCCCGCAGAUGGCGCCAUGCGCUUUUUUGACGUCUGGACGCCUUGUAUUGCCGAUAACCGAGCCAUUACUGGCGUUGCCGCAUCUCACACCGGCCGCGAAUGCGACGUUCCCAACGACCACCUUUUCUACGAUGGAUUUACUUUCGGAGAGCGCGCCAAGGAAGAAUUGGCGAAAAAGACGGCUCAACAAAUCAAAGACCAGCUUUUCGCAUGA